AUGGGUGAGGUGGUUCGCGAGAAGGGUGCCACUCCACCGGAUCAUGUUCCCGGAGACGUCUUAGCUCCAACGACAACCGUUAGAAUGUUCUUAAGGGGUGCUGCUCAACAUGCUGUGGAUUCGCUUGUACUCGAGUGCCUCUUUCCUCGAACAAUGCUCGAACAAUUGCUCAAAUUCUUGCUGUCUCAUAGACGUUUAGUGCUUUCUGGAGCCACCGGAAUCGGGAAAAGUAAUCUCGCUCGUCAACUCGCAACUUACCUCUCCGUCAGAAUUGGUCUUGACCGCAACGGAGUUGUCGACGUGCGAAUACCCGAGGACACAAGUGACAAGGAAAUUGUUAAG